AUUCAUAGGUCACACUGAUAAGAAUUGGUAAGGGUCAUUUCUUGACUUGCAUGAACUCAGUUUUCUUUCAGCUCACUUUUGAACAACUACGAUCAAUUACAUCAUGCAGUUCAUGGAUCUUAAUCAUAUAUUCAAAUUAGAACAAGGUAUAGGAAGAACGCUAUUCAUAUUCUUACUUUUAAGCAAUGGAAGUGUCGCGCAAAGUUUAUUUAGGUCCGGUAAAGAAUACAUAUAUUCUUACAACGCUACGUCAAGUACUGGUGUGCUAGUGCCCUCCAACGCAGCUUCUUCAUGGAGCCUCAAUGGCAAGAUUGUGAUUCAGGUGGAAGAUGACUACGUCACAGUACAGCUGCAGUCAUUGAAGACAAAAAUGUGGAAUGGGAAUAUAAAGGAAUCAAACGAAAAUAUCGAUAUUUACGAUAACGCUGUAGAACUUUUGAGGCCUUUCCGAAUGUCGUACAACAAAGGGCUCAUUGAGAACUUUAGCAUCGAAAUAGAACCGGUAUGGGCGACGAAUAUAAAACGUAGCAUAGCUGGAAUUUUACAGUUGGAUCUUUCUAACUUGGAAAAGGAAGUCGCAUUUCAUUCUAGCGAGAUAAACCAUUACGGAAAAUGUAAUAUCGAUUAUGUUGUAAGCUUGGAGGGAGAUACUCAGCGUUUGAUAAGGAAGUCGCUAGAUCCUCGGACAUGUAUUGGGCAUCCGUGUCAUAAUUGGUCCAAUGUUCCUAAAGUACAGUGUACCGACGAGGAUCAAAAUCCAGUCCUGAAAAAUAGUGAAAGAGUGUAUAAAUUAAAAACCAAUGGAUACAUUCACGAUAUACUUUCCAUUAACGCAUCCGGGAGUAUCUAUGUACAACCCUUUCAAAGCAUGGGAGAGGCGCAUUAUCAUGUUGUUCAGCAAACUAUUGAAUUAUCUUCAGUGAAGGAUAUAACGAAUAAGAUAGUUACGAAUAAUUUACGAACUAUUAUUCUUCAACAUGAGCUACCUGAAACAGAUCUCACACAGGGCAGAAGUAUUUCAGACAAAAGUUUUAUUUUUAAAUCUAUAAGUCGAUUAUUGGACCGUUUGAGCUACAGGCUCGAAAAUCCGGGUUUGGAUACCGAGAUCCAUAAUCUGCAUAACACGACGAUAUCCGUGCUUCUCUAUUAUCUCGAUAUGUUAGAUCGCGUUGAUCUGGAAAAAGCUUAUAAUCGCAUUUCGGGAACUAGUUAUAAAGAGGAAACGAUACGAAAUAUGUUUCUCGAGAUAUUGCCGCAAGUUGGGAGUAAAGAAUCCGCUCUUUUCAUAUUGGAUCUUAUUCAAAGUAACAAGGUAUCUGAUAUAUCCGCGGUUCAACUUCUCAUGCGACUACCACUUCACUUGAGAAGACCGGACGCUCAAUUAUUGGUCAGUCUGCAAUCGCUUCUUACGCUGCCGAGCAAAAUCUCCGCGGAAGUGCAAAACACCGCGAUUCUCACAUAUGGAACGUUGAUAUAUAAAACAUGUUUAGUGCAUUGCCCGUAUGAGAUGUUGGACGAUUAUGUGCGUCUCUAUCUCGACAAAUUUACUGAAAGCACUCAAUACGAACGAAAGAUGGUCUGGCUGGAAGGCUUGGCAAACAUACAGCUUGGUAGAGUAGUUGAGUUUCUGGAGCCAAUAGCUAGCGGUAACAAUGCUGAAUCGCGGCAUUUUCGGGCACUUGCAGCUUGGGCCUCUAUUCCUACAGCACCGUUGAGACCCGACGUGAUUUAUCCUGUGUACUGGCCAAUUUUGAUUAACAGAACCGAACAUUUAGAGAUGAGAAUCGCUGCGUUAACUUUACUCAUCGUGUCUAGCCCUACACCUAAUAGAUUAAUAUCCCUGUAUUGGUACAUGCAAAGUGAGCCCAAUCAGCACUUGUACAAUUACUUUUAUACAAUGUUAAAAUCUAUGGAACGUACCACUUAUCCUUGUUACAAGCACAUAGGCAGAAUCGCGGCGCAAUUCAGUCGCAUACUUAGAAAACCGUCAAAUAGCGAAUAUCUCAUUACCGGUAACUAUCUGGUUGAUUAUCAAGAUUCAUUGAGGAGAUUUGGUGCCAUAUUGCAAGGCAUUAUCAUAGCCAAUCCUUCUACGAAUAUUCCUGAAGUAAUUUACGUAACUUUAAAUAAUUAUGGCAGCGGAACACAUAUUAACCAUCUAUCUUUGUACAUCAAAGCGGAAGGUGUUUUCCACUCAUUAGCGACCUCCUUCGACAAUCCAACAAACAUAAAAGAUAUUCUCAAAAAGUUCAAAUUAGAUGAACGAAAGAAAAACUCUGUGCAUUUAGAAAUAAUUGCACGUAUUCAAGAAAAAACAGUAUUGUGCGUUCACUGGAAUGAGACAAAGAUAGUUGAGGGGUUGAAAUAUUUGUCUUCUUUAUGGAGUGAUUUAUAUUAUAUGUAUUAUAACAUGGAAUUUCAUGUUAAUCAACAACGAAUAAAUGUGCCAUUAACAAUAGAAUCGAUCCAAGCCACCGAUCUCGGUACUAACGUUAGACUUGCGAUGAUGGCAACGUCUUUGUUUUCAAUGAGAGGAAAUUUUACACGCGACUUUCCUAUACGAAAUAAUCAUGUUAUUUUACGCACAUCUGUUCAUGGCAUUGAAACGAUAGAGAAUUACAAUCCAUUGGUUGAUUUGUGGCAUAGUGCUGAAAGAGUUCAGUCGUUACAUGGAUAUCUUCCUAUUAACAUUACAAUCGGAUUAGAACAACGGCCAUUUAUUUCAUACAAUGCUCUAGGAGAACAUCUUAAGACAGGAAUUACAGCACAUGUUAAAACGCUUACAAGCAUUAGAGGUGCAAAUGUUAAAUCGAAGUUGGAGCGAGCUUGUCAUUCGUGUUCUAUAUCAUAUACAGUUUUAAAAUCGUUUAGUUCUAAUCUGCAAACAGUGAAUGUUCUCAACAUUGAACUUCCUGAAUUAGGUGGUCGGCUAAAAGUGAAUAUAUUUGAUUGCGAAAGCACAAUGCUGUAUGAAACAUUAACUGACGAAAUUUGGUUCUCUCAUCAAAGUAAUUACCUAACCUGGCCAAGUAUGAAAUUUGUUUUAAUUGGACUACAUUUCUUGGAUUACCUUACUUACAUGUCACCAAGAGGCAGCUGUGGAAUAGCUGCAUAUGUCGAGGCAGUUAAAUCGGAACCAUCGCAGACCAAAUUGGAAUACUUGCAAAGUGAAAAUCGCCAUAUUUUAUCCUUGACACAUCACAACUUACAAUCUUCGCAAAUUGUUCAUCAAUGGUUUUUGGCUACAUUAUACGAAAGCACUAGUUGGCUGUCAGAUGUUGUUAAAAUCAAAGCGUCCAAGAUCGUCCCUGGUGCACGCAUAUUUAAGUUUUGUGUUGAGAUCGAGAGACAUGUGCCAUGGCAAUGGGAGUUCUUGAGCAAAGAACCGAGCGACUCGUCUCGCAUUAAAUUAAAUAUCAUUUGGGGAUUGUCCGAUUCCGUGAAAGGAAAAUGUAGCGGAUCUUCUAUAUCGAUAAACUUAAUUGGCGAAAUUAGUAACGAGCAGCUCGAGCAGAGCAAAGAGGCGAACUGGCCUUAUGGCGAAUGUACAAAAGAAUCUAUUGGAAAAAUAUUCGUUCCUUACACAAAUUCUUGUUACGAAGCGUCAAGAGAAUUGUCAACCUUACGGAAAUAUACAAUCUCGGCGCAUUAUGAAAACUUACCAGAGAGUUUGUCCAAAUUAGUCUGGAAAAUGUACGCUUUCUAUGAUUUGAUCGGUGGAAACAGCAGUAAUGCGAGAAAGUCUGAUGAGAUUGCGAUAACAGCAAUAUUUCCGAAAGAAUCAAAUGUUGGUGAAUUGCAACUUAACGGAGACAAAAUUGCUAUCGAAUACAAUUCGCGCUAUAUUGAUUCUUUUCUGAUCCGAACAAGAAUUCAUAAAUACAUGGAAAUGCUUUUAUUUAGAAUGUUUUCUAGCACGUGUAUCGUAACGUCAAAUUCCAUAAAAUCCGGGUACAAUAUGGUUUAUACUUUCGCUGAAAAUAGCGAAGUGAUAUUAUUGGGGCAAUGCUAUGAUGAGAAUCCUAGACUCGCGUUAACCGCAGCCAAUAGCAUGCAUGGGAUCAACGUUAAUUUGACUGAUGAAUCGGGAAUUAUACGGAUUGUAGCCGAUAUGGGUAGAGGAACCCUAUAUAAUGCUACAUCAUCGAUAAAAUUGCAAUCUGAUUAUGUAUUUCAUACAUUAGGAACUAAAAUGAUGAAAACGGGUGGUAAGGCAAUUGAUAUCUUGCUACCUAAUAUUCUUCUGUAUAUUCAUUGGACACAAGAGCAAAUUUUACUUUUUUUUCCCAAUCAUGUGCUAGACUUUAGCUGUGGAAUAUGCACGCUCGACCAUUCCAAUGUCGACAGAUUAUAUGAGAAAUUGUGAUUUAAUCUAUAAAACAUGAAAAUCCGAUGUUAAAAUGUUGCGGAAUAAAAUACAACAGUUUUUUAUUUGUUCUUAUUUAAUAUAUAUCUGAUGAAUGGUAUAAUGUACACAAGAAAAGGAUAUUUGUAUAAUAGUUAUAUUGUGACUAGGAUUUUCGGCCGUUAUUGCGUUAUUAUGGUUAGGAUUUUAGUCGAAAUCGAUUGAUCGAUCAAUAUCUGAUAUUUCCACGCGUCAAUCCCAUUAUUAUCAAUAAUGAUUGCUAACUAUUUGAUAAUAUAAAGCUGAAAAUCUAAGCCAUAUACAUAAUUAUAUGCUAUUGUAAUAUUUCUCAUUUUUUUCUAUCAUAAAAUAUAUAAACUUUAGCAAAUAA